AUGGGAAGCUCCUGGAGAAACGUCGAUGCCAUCAUUGAAGAUAGGCUUUACCUGGGAAACAUCACUGCGGCUCGCUCAUCUCGAUCCUUGACUGAGCGUCGCGUUACCCACAUAGUCUCGGUGUGCACAGACGCUAUCCCGGCUGAACUACCAGAGUCUGGCAUAUGUCACCUUCGCAUCCCAGUGGAAGACGUCGACUUCGCCGACCUCUUGAUAUGGCUCCCGAGAGCCGUCCAGUUCAUCGACCAAGCUCUCCGGAACGGCGGGAACGUCCUUGUGCACUGUGUACAAGGUUUGUCGAGGAGUGCGGCAGUCGUGGCGGCUUACUUGAUGUACGCCCAGCGAGUAAACGCUACACAGGCCCUUGAAAUGGUUAGACGUCGUCGCCCUCAAAUCUGGGUCAAUCCCGGCUUCCAGGAGCAACUAGUAUUAUUCGAGCUUUGCCAGUAUAAUCCAAACCCGUCCAACGGGAUCUACAUUAAUUGGCGCCACCGGAUUCAAAGCCGUUUGCGCUGA